CAGUUGAGAAUUUGUGUUCCUUCGGCGUCGAGUGCCGUGUGAAUUAUGGUGGAUGCGUGCAGUUAAGGUUGUUUCAAUGUUUUCUGUGAAUAAUUGCUCAGAGCUGUAAAAUUGGAACAAGUUUUGUGUGUUGUGUACAACUCCCUGAUAUACAUAACUUCGUAGGAAGUGCCUAGUGCAAAUCCGUUUGGGAGUAUUCAGAAGAUAGAAAUACAAUGGGCCGAUACACGGGCAAAAAAUGUCGACUGAUCUCAAUGUUCUGGCUGACUACAUUCUUCUUCCUGGUUGAGAUUGUGGUCGGCUACGUCACCAACUCCAUGGCUCUUGUCGCAGACAGCUUUCACAUGCUGAGUGAUGUGGCAGCACUGGUUGUUGCCUUUCUUUCAGUCAAAAUGUCACCAAAAAAGUGGUCGAAGAAUACGUUCGGGUGGGCAAGGGCCGAGGUGCUGGGAGCUCUGGUCAACGCAGUGUUUCUGGUUGCUCUGUGCUUCUCUAUCACAGUUGAAGCAUGCAAAAGGUUUAUUGAAGUGGAAGAAAUUCAUGAACCAAGACUGAUUGUAGUGGUUGGAGCAUUAGGUCUACUAGUCAAUGUAAUCGGCCUUUUCCUGUUUGCUGAACACGGUGGACAUGGCCACUCACAUGGCGGCAUCGCCCACAGCCACACGAGGCUCACCCAGCUGGUUUCAGUUGGCGCGAGGGAUGACAAUGAGAACGAUGAGACAUUCUGCCCACCAAUGGAGAAGGAACACUCACACAACGGCAAGAUACCAUCGGCCGAUCAGAUGAACAUGAGGGGAGUGUUCCUGCAUGUACUGGCUGACGCCCUGGGCUCUGUCAUUGUCAUAGCCAGUGCCACGGUGGUUUGGUUGACCAACUGGAAGUACCGAUACUACAUGGACCCAGCGCUGAGUGUGCUGAUGGUAAUGCUGAUCUUGCGGUCAGUAUGGCCACUGCUACAAGAGUCUGCAUUGAUUCUACUGCAAACGGUACCAACUCACAUUCAGGUAGAUGCGAUACAGCGGCGUCUGCUGGACAAGGUGGACGGAGUGUUGGCUGUUCACGAGUUCCACGUAUGGCAGCUCGCUGGUGACCGUAUCAUCGCUUCUGCUCACAUCAGAUGUAGAAAUCUCUCAGAAUACAUGAAAAUAGCUGAAAAAGUGAAGGAAUUUUUCCAUAAUGAAGGCAUACACUCUACAACCAUACAACCAGAAUUUGUUGAAAUAGCUGACUUCUCAGAAGACAGAGUUCAAGAGGCUCCAUCAGAGGACUGUGUAUUGGACUGCCCCAAGACUGACAAGCCUUGUGCGCUGUCCACCUGUUGUGGUCCUUCCAAACAUGGCCGUGACACCCCGUCUCCAGGCGACACUCCAUACCUGUGCAGACAGCGCAACAACUCUGUGGCAAGUGGUGGUGGAGUGGGGGCAGGAGGGGGAGCACGGGGGGAACUCAGCGAGAUGGAGAGGGGGGCAUUGCUGGGGGGCUGCGCUUGUCCCUCCCCCAGCUUGGCUGCCAAACAACAGGCUUGUGUUUGACACUGGCCCAACUCUAGUGCUAGUGGCACACAAGACGUGUGGCGGUGAUCUCUCUCAGACACAACCAAAGUGUGACAGACACGUUUAGCUCUGUGCCUCACAACUACACACUGGCUGUGACAUUACCUUUAGUUACUA